AUGACACAACAAGAUGUCGCCAACUCUAACAUCGUCGCACUUUUGGCAACUUUACUUGUUCGAUUUGUCGCAGGGCCACUUUGUGAUCGUUAUGGUCCGAGAUUGGUCUUUGUAGGGCUUCUCCUAUGUGGUGCCAUCCCAACAGCCAUGGCUGGCCUGGUCACUACCCCCAAGGGUCUGAUUGCUCUCCGAUUUUUCGUUGGAAUUUUAGGAGGAACAUUUGUUCCAUGUCAGGUCUGGUGCACCGGCUUUUUCGACAAGAAGAUUGUUGGUACUGCCAACUCCCUUGCUGGAGGCUGGGGUAAUGCCGGUGGAGGAAUCACUUACUUCCUAAUGCCUGCUAUCUACGACUCCCUCGUCCAAUCCCGCGGCCUGACCUCCCACCAAGCAUGGCGUGUCGCCUACAUCGUUCCAUUCAUCAUCAUCACUAUCAUCGCCUUGGGCAUGCUUUUGCUAUGCAAAGACACACCAACAGGCAAAUGGUCUGAGCGACACCUCUGGGCCAAGGAAUCAAACGGCACAUCAUCCCCCACGGAAGGCAACAUAAUUGAUUUGAACACUGGCACAUUCUCAAGCGGCAUGACAACCCCCUACAACGCUGCAACAAUCGACGUGGAAAAGAAAGGCUCCCAGACCCCUCAAAUUAUGGACAAAGACACAUCUGCAAUGGGCCAGAUGGACUCAAUCUUCAAACAAGAGACGGUUGUCGCUCCAACACGCCAAGAAGCACUCAAUGUGGCGCUCAGCCUAUCAACAAUGGCUGUGGCAAUCCCUUAUGCCUGCUCAUUUGGCUCUGAGCUUGCUAUAAACUCUAUUUUGGGUUCCUACUAUGAAAAGGUAUUCCCACACAUGGGCCAGACACAGACCGGUCAGUGGGCUGCCAUGUUCGGUCUUCUGAAUGUUGUCUUCAGACCCGCAGGCGGUCUCUUUGGUGACAUGGUCUACCGGUUGACCGACAAUGUAUGGUCUAAGAAGCUUCUUCUGACCUUUUUGGGAGUCUCUAUGGGAGCCUUCCAACUUGCCAUUGGGCUGUCCAAUCCACCUACCGAGGCAGCUAUGUUUGGUCUUAUUGCUGGAUUGGCUUUCUUCCUUGAGGGGUGCAAUGGGGCCAACUUUGCAGUUGUGCCUCAUGUGCAUCCAUUUGCUAAUGGUAUUGUUUCGGGAAUUGUUGGUGGGUUCGGUAAUCUUGGAGGCAUCGUCUUUGCUAUUAUCUUCCGAUCUCUCGAAACAAUGGCUCCAGUCCGCCGCAUUGCUCAGAUUGUUCACCUUAAGCCCUCCGCCGUGGCCGCAUACAAAGAAUGUCACGCCAAUGUCUGGCCUGAAGUCCUGCAACAAAUCAAGGAUUGCAAUAUCAAAGACUACUCAAUCUUUUUCGACAAUGAUCGGACCUUGUUUGCAACAUUCAAAUAUGUCGGGACCGACUUUGAGGGAGAUAUGGAGCUCAUGCGAGCAAACCCCAAAGUGAGGGAGUGGUGGGCUAUGACAGACGGGAUGCAGGACAGCCCUAUACCCGGAGCUGUGGGCAGUGCAGACGGCCCGGGGUGGUGGAAAGUCUUGGACGAAGUAUUUUACACAGAGUAA